CCAUCGUCUCCUUCCCCAUCGUCUCCAUCACCAUCGUCUCCAUCACCAUCGUCUCCAUCACCAUCGUCUCCAUCAUCAUCGUCUCCAUCACCAUCGUCUCCUUCACCAUCGUCACCAUCACCAUCGUCUCCAUCACCAUCGUCUCCAUCAUCAUCGUCUCCAUCAUCAUCGUCUCCUUCACCAUCGUCUCCUUCCCCAUCGUCUCCAUCACCAUCGUCUCCAUCACCAUCGUCUCCAUCACCAUCGUCUCCAUCACCAUCGUCUCCUUCACCAUCGUCACCAUCACCAUCGUCUCCAUCACCAUCGUCUCCAUCACCAUCGUCUCCAUCACCAUCGUCUCCUUCACCAUCGUCACCAUCACCAUCGUCUCCUUCACCAUCGUCUCCAUCAUCAUCGUCUCCAUCACCAUCGUCUCCUUCCCCAUCGUCACCAUCACCAUCGUCUCCUUCACCAUCGUCUCCAUCACCAUUUUUUCCAUCACCAUCGUCUCCAUCACCAUCGUCUCCAUCAUCAUCGUCUCCUUCACCAUCGUCUCCAUCACCAUCGUCUCCAUCACCAUCGUCUCCAUCACCAUCGUCUCCUUCACCAUCGUCUCCAUCAUCAUCGUCUCCAUCACCAUCGUCUCCUUCACCAUCGUCUCCAUCACCAUCGUCUCCAUCACCAUCGUCUCCUUCACCAUCGUCUCCAUCACCAUCGUCUCCUUCACCAUCGUCUCCAUCACCA